UCCAAGAACGAUAUGGAGAUGUGGUACAUUUAGGAGGAAUAUGGGGACGCAGAGCAAAGGUGUUUCUGUAUAAUCCAGAUGACAUGGCUGAUCUCUUCCGUAACACUGGACCUUUUCCUUCUCGGCUUACUUUUGACUACAUUUUAUACCAUCGAACCAAGCUCAGAAAAGACGUGUUUAAAGGAUACGUUGGACUUGCUCUGUCGCAAGGUGAGGACUGGUAUAAGCUAAGGACUAUUGUAAAUCCAAUUCUAAUGCAACCCAACAAAAUUCAACAGUAUACUACAAGACUCGACACAGUAGCCAAGGAUCUCAUAAAGCUUACCAAAUAUCGCAUGAAAACUGCAGGAACCAAUCAAACUCCUGCUGAUUUCGAGAAAGAUUUGUACAAAUGGGCAUUGGAUUCUGUUUCGGUUAUUACUUUAAACAAACAAGUAGGAGCUCUUGAAACGCAUAUAGAUAAGACUUCGGAACUAUACCAAUUCGUCCUUUCAGUAUUGAAGAUAUUCGAGCAAAUUCACUAUUUAGAACUUAUGCCUCCAUAUUGGAAGUAUCUUCCAUCUAGGAGACUAAACGAAUUUUAUGAAAAUUUUGAAUUUUCAAUGAGUUUAAUCUCCAAAUUUGUCGAUGAAGCUUUAGCAGAAUUUAAAAACGUAAACAUACCAGAUGAUGAGCUUGGAGUACUCCAACGUUUAGCUAAAGUGAAUAAACAAACAGCAUAUCUUAUGACUAUCGACUUAAUUACAGCAGGAGUAGAUGCGACGGGAAAGACACUUGGAACAGCGCUGUAUCUUCUAGCCAAGAAUCCGGAGAAACAGAGCAUACUCCGUGAGGAAGUAUUAAAAUAUCUUCCAGAAAAGAACUCAGUGUUAACAGCCGAAAAAUUAUCUGAAAUGCAAUAUUUGAAAGCUACUUUGAAGGAAAGUAAUAGAAUGGCUCCAGUUGCCAUUGGUGGUCUUAGAACUACUACAAAGAACAUGGUACUGGGUGGUUAUCAAGUUCCAAAAGGGACGGAUAUAAAUCCCAUGCAUUUCUAUGCAUCAGCAUUGAUAGACAAAAAUUUCAAAGAUCCUGCUAAAUUUAUGCCAGAACGAUGGCUACGAUCUGUCAGUAACGAGUACUCUGCGAAAAAUGCUCAUCCAUUCGCUUACAUGCCAUUUGGACAUGGGGCCCGUUCAUGCAUCGGCAGAAGAUUUGCUGUUAUGGAAGUGGAAGUGGCAAUUGCAAAUAUAAUCCGACAUUUUGAAUUAUCAUGGGACCAUUCAGAUAUGAGAUUUGAAGCAAGAUUCUUGUACGGUAUCGUGGAUCCCCUCACGCUGACCCUUAAAGAAAUAAAAAUAUACAAUUUACUUAAUCACACAGUCGUAAUGUUGUCUAAACGUGCACUCCGGUUGAAAUUUUCACCGCUUUUACAAACUGGGAAAUACUCGACCGCGACAAACCGAGAAAAUUUUUAUAAACAGUUGAUUGGGUCUAGCAGUGAUGAUGCGUUUCCAGAGGGAUGGGAGAAUGCGAAACCGUUCAAGAGUAUGCCUGGACCAAAGCCUUUGCCGGUGCUUGGGAAUAUGUGGAGGUUUUUUCCCGGACAGGAACUUCAUGGGUUAAAAACGGAUGAGCUACUGUUAAAAUUUCAACAAGGCUAUGGAGAUGUAGUACAUUUUGGAGGAAUAUGGGGACGCAGAGAUAAAGUCUUUCUGUACAAUCCAGAUGAUAUGGAAUAUCUAUUUCGUAACACGGGACCUUUUCCUUCCAGGAUGCUUAUGGACUGUAUGUACUAUUAUAGAAAAACAGUUAGAAAAGAUUUGCACAAAGGAAAUAAUAUUGGUCUUGCGUUUACAAAUGGUGAAGAAUGGUAUAAGUUAAGAACUAUUGUAAAUCCAAUACUAAUGCAACCCAAAACAGUGCAGCAGUACACCACAAGAAUGGAUUCUGCUGCCAAGGAUCUCAUGAAACUGAUCAGAUAUCGUAUGAAAAGCGAGGGAACUAAUCAAACGCCCGCUGAUUUUGAGAACGAUUUGUACAAAUGGGCAUUGGAUUCAAUUUCAAUUAUCGCCUUAAAUAGGAAAUUAGGUGCUCUUGAUACAAAUACAGACAAAAAUUCAGAUCUCUACAAAUUUGUCGUUUGUAUAAUGAGGAUGUUCGAACUAAUCUUUUACUUAGAAUAUAUGCCGCCAUAUUGGAAGUAUUUCCCAUCUAAAGAACUAAACGAAUUUUGUGAAAAACUUGACUUUAUUAAUAGUGUAAUUAUCAAAAUGAUUGAUGAAGCUUUAGCAACAUUUAAAAAUCAGAAUGUACCAGAUGAUGAGCUUGGUGUACUACAGCGUUUGACCAAAGUGAACAAGGAAACGGCGUUUAUAAUGACUAUGGAUAUGUUAACUGCGGGGGUUGAUACGACGGGAAAGACACUUGGCGCGGUACUGUACUUUUUGGCUAAGAAUCCAGAGAAGCAAAGCACACUCCGUGAAGAAGUAUUAAAAUACCUCCCAGAAAAAGACUCAGUAUUAACAGCUGAUAAGUUAUCUGAAAUGCAAUACUUAAAAGCUGUAUUGAAAGAGAGUAGUAGGAUUGCCCCAGUUGCUAUCAGCGGCCUCAGAACUACCUCAAAAAACAUGAUAGUAGGAGGUUAUCAAGUACCAAAAGGAAUAGAUGUUACUCCUAUGCACUUUUACGCAUCGACAAUGAUAGACAAAAAUUUCAAAGAACCCUCUAGAUUCAUGCCGGAAAGAUGGUUACGAUCUGUCAGUAACGAGUACUCCGCGAAAAAUGCUCAUCCGUUCGCUUACAUGCCAUUUGGUCAUGGUGCUCGUUCUUGCAUCGGCAGAAGAUUUGCUACAUUGGAAGUAGAAGUUGCUGUAGCAAAUAUGAUCAGGAAUUUUGAGUUGUCUUGGGACUAUCCAGAUAUGAGAUUUGAAGCCAAGUUCUUAUAUGGCUUAGCAGAUCCUCUUAAGCUUACUCUUAAAGAACUGAAGUGAUCAAAAUUUUUUAAG